AUGAUUGAGGACUUGAAGCCAUCUCAAAUGUCGACUUCCAAGAGCACUGAUUUCCCAUUGACGCAGGUUGGGAGCUUGUCUGGCGAGGUUGAGGAAUUGCCAGGAUCCGGUGUGAAGAAGAGCUUGUUGUGGAAGCUCGACUUGAUCAUCUUGCCUGUGCUUGCUAUGAUCUACUUCACCAACAGUCUCGACCGAGCUAAUCUGGGAAACGCAAAGACCGAUGGCAUCGAAAAGGACCUUCACUUUGGGGCGAAUCAGUACUCAUUGGUCUUAACGUUGUUCUACAUUCCUUAUGGUCUCCUGAAUAUCCCUACCACGAUUCUGGCGAAGCGCUUCAGCCCGGCCAACGUUAUCCCGAUCCUCAUGUUUGGUUGGGGUGCUGUGUCUCUUGGAGCUGCCGCAGCUAAGAACUUUGGUGGUAUUGCCACAACAAGAAUUCUGCUGGGAGUCGCGGAGGCUGGAUUUUUCCCGUCAGCCAUUUACUAUCUGUCGAUGUUCUAUACUCGGCAUGAAAUUGCGAAAAGAAUUUCGUUGUUUUACAUGAUGGGCUUUGUGGCAAAUGCUUUUUCCGGAUUGAUUGCCUAUAGUGUCUUUCAAUGGCAUAAAAAGCUUCACGUAAGAGAUGCCUCCCAAUCCUCGGGUCGACCGUUAACAUUGAUGCAGAAUUGGCAAUAUCUUUUCAUCAUCGAGGGGAGCCUCACGGUUUUUCUCUCCCUCGUAGCAUUCACAAUCCUGCCUCGAAGUUUGACUGCCUCGAGGUAUUUUAGCCAGGAAGAGAAGGACUAUGGCAGACUGCGGCUGCAGAGGGAGUUUGAGAUUGAGCCAAUCAAGUUUUCGUGGUCCGCAGCGCUGAAACCACUGUUGAACUGGCACACGUGGAUGUUUGGGGCCAUGUCGCUGUGCUACGGAGUUGCGGCAGCCACUCUGUCCAAUUUCUUGCCUACCCUGAUCAAGCGAUUGAAGCCAGACACAGUCCAAGCCAAUCUCUUCACGAUCGCGCCCAACCUCAAUGGAGCGGUGUGGAUCGUGGUCGUCUGCUGGAUUUCUGACCGGUUUCAAGCUCGGGGAAUCUGGUCAGUCCUUACCAUGGGGACAUCUAUGAUCGGCUUCAUCUGCCUGGGGUCGGUCGAUCUUGUCCACAAGACCGGAGUGGGAUACUUUUUCACGUUCCUGUUGACAUUUGGUACAUUUACGCCGGCCGUUUUGGUUCCGGCCUGGGCGACCAGCAACAUAACUUCCAAUUCAGCGCGUGCCACCACUCUUGGCCUGCUCGUGGGGCUCCAGAACAUUGCAGGGAUCAUCUCGUCGUAUGCUUUUCGAAGCCAGGAUGCACCGGUAUACCGGCCCGCACUGAUCGUGUCGGGCUGUUUUCAGGGCGGCAUGCUCCUGACCGCGUCGUUUGCCUGGUUUUACUACCGACGCGUCAACCGGCAGCUGGACAGUGGGAAGAGGACGUCGGUUCGGGGCAUGGAGCAGAAUCCCGACUUUCGAUACGUGCUCUAG